UGAAGUUAAAACGUCUCGUAUUUAUCUUAGUGCACACCGCGAGCCCGACGAAAUCAAACGCCUCUCAAGUACGUUGUGCUAAAAACCUGUUCGACAAUAUGUACACCGGAUUUUGUUUUUUGCUUAUAUCCAUCUGCGCCUUAAGCUUUGCUAAGGAGCUUGAUAAGAAGCAAAGAGAAAAAGAUUAUGUACCGCUAAAGUACCCCGGUCCUAUCCAGGACGUGGGUAAUCGGUACGGGAGUCCGGACAGCGGCGUACCUGAAGAGUGUCGGGACAAAAACUUCUGCACCAUCAAACCACCAGAUUAUCCACAGGCACGCUUCAACGAUAUGUUUAAGGACACCGAAUACGAACCACAACCGAAUCUGGUUAUAGAAGCUUUUGGGGACAGACAAGGAGACCCGGACGCGGAGGAUAACUGCCCGACUGACAUUACGUUCGAGCCACUGUUUUUGGUGCGAAGCAGAAGUGGCGACUGGCGAACUGUGGUUCAGGCGCCUGAAAAGAAUUAUUUGCAGAAAGUACGACUGGAAACAUGCAAACAAGUCGGAGGCACUUGCUUCGUGGACCUAAAUCUGACUCCAGACAUCGUAACCUUCUGCAAGCAGAAGUACAGCGUAUGGGAAUUCCUGGUGGAUGACGGCAAAAAUGGUACGGAGACCAUACAAUCUGAGCUUCCUAUAUGCUGCUCUUGCCACUACAAGAUAAAAGAAAGGAAAUGAUUAAACAAGAUCGAUACUGCAGACGGUAGUCAAUAACCAUCUUUUUAUCCAUUUUGUGGAGCAUUCUUCAACGGAGCUCUGACGGAUGUGACACAAUAAUUACGCAUUGUAUUGCAAACAAAUGUGUAUUUCCAACUACUAAUAAAAAACAUUUUAUUUAUUUAUUUCAUGGAAGCUCCUAUGCAGUCGGUUCUGUUUGUUAGUAGUAUUACGAUUUGAUAGUGACGCUAAAGCUGUCAUUAAAAUGAUAAUGUGUAAUUUUAAUGACAAGUGUAAGCUUAUUAUCAUUAACACAAAAAUGCGUUGAAAUUGUUAUUCAUUGGUGGCAUUAAGCCCCGUUAUACGUUUGCCUUUGUUGACUAAUAAAAAGUAUAUUUUAUUGUUUUUACCAUCGAACGUAAGUAUGUAUUGAAAUAACAUUUUAAUGAAUAAAAACACUGGAUAAACAAAAAUGUGUAUAUGUGUGACUUUUUUCUAGCAUUAUCUUUUACUUAUGUUCAGUUUUUCCGGGAGCUAUUUUCCAACCAAAUGUGGACUUUAGAGUUGUCUCUUUUAAGUACCUUUUCUAACAGUAGCGAGGGAAAGGAAUAUUAUUUGUAUUUUAACCGCUACGUAUUAAUAGUCAACUGGAGUAUAAUUUCAGUUUUCCUAUUUAAUUAAUUAUUGUAUUAUAUACGGACCGGGAAAAUGGUUAACUAUUAAAAACUUCACUAAUAAUUGUGGAAUUGUAUAUUCGUAUAAUUAUAAAUUCGAAAAUAAAUGUAAUAAAAUAAUUACGAAAAUAUGCAUAAUAUUCUAAAAUCGUAUUGUCGAUGUCAGAGCUUUCGCAAAGCACCCGAGUAAGCCGCGAAUUUAGUUAAGAUUUUAUUAAUGUUUAUAUUUUAUACAUUUAUUAUAAUUAUAGUCGAAUUGGCACUUUUUUCUCACUAGUCAUAGUAAUUUAACAAUUUACAUCAUAUAGGAAAACUUAAUGGAUUAAAUAAAUGUAUUAUGA